GUGCAACUUUUAAUGUAGUUCCCUCAUCUAGUUUGUUCCUCCCUUUGCCGAUUUAUGGUGCCAUUUUCUAAUUGGAAACUUUUUAUCUACUCCAUCUUCCUUAUUUCUUUUUUCGCUUCUUCUUCCCAUUUUAUCUCUUUUCCUCUGAAUUCACUUCCGACUCUCAUUCAUUUGUGGGUUUGGGUUUCCGUCACUGUGUGAACGUAUCUUUCCCUUUUCUCUCGGAAAUCUUUUCCUCCUCGUCUCACCCGAACUUCUCGUCAGUUUUUUUUUAAAAAAAACGCUUCCGUCUUUGACUCCCUUGCCCUUGAGAUUUUGCCCUCUCUUCCUCUGUCUGACACUUUCUCUCUCUCCCUGUCGAUUUUCUGUUUUCCUGUCCAACACUCUCGCUCUCUUCCCUCUUUUCCUGUCUAACUCUCUCUCUCUCUCUCUCCUCCCUCCCUCCUGUUUUUGUCUGGCCAGGCUGCAGAGUGUAUGGGGAGUCUGGGCACUCUCACUGAUCCGUGAUUGGAGAUCUCAGCGAAAUAAGGAAUUCCAUUCACCGAGCCUCCCAUUCACAGCAGAAACUGCAUCUCCGCCACUCGACUGGCUGCCUGCUGUCCGCUCUGAAUUGUGAGGCUUGUCCUGUUGUUACAUCCUACAGUUCAGCCGAAGGACAUGAUUCAGACUGUCCCAGACUCAGUGGCUGAUAUCAAAGAAGCACUAUCAGUAGUCAGUGAAGACCAAUCCUUAUUUGAGUGUGCCUACGGAACAUCUCACCUAGCGAAAACAGAAAUGACAGCGUCUUCAUCAAGCGACUAUGGGCAGACCUCAAAGAUUAGCCCCCGUGUUCCACAGCAAGAGUGGUUGGCACAGCCACCGACCAGAGUGGCCAUCAAGAUGGAGUACAACCCAAAUCAGGUCAAUGGAUCCAGAAAUUCACCAGAACACUGCAGCGUAGCGAAAGCGGGGAAGAUGGUCAGCGGAUCCGACAGCGUUCCAAUGAGCUACAGCAGCUACAUGGAGGAGAAGCAUGUGCCACCUCCCAACAUGACGACUAAUGAGCGGAGAGUGAUUGUACCAGCAGAUCCUACACUAUGGUCCACGGAUCACGUCAGGCAGUGGCUGGAGUGGGCAGUGAAGGAAUACAGCUUGAUCGAUGUCGACGUGUCACUCUUUCAGAAUAUUGAUGGGAAGGAGCUAUGCAAAAUGACCAAAGAAGAUUUUCAACGUCUCACCCCAAGCUACAAUGCGGAUAUCCUCCUGUCGCACCUGCACUACCUCAGAGAGACACCACUUCCUCAUUUGACUUCAGAUGAUGUCGAUAAAGCCUUGCAAAACUCACCACGUCUGAUGCACGCCAGAAACACAGGAGGUGCAACUUUCAUCUUUCCAAAUGCAACAGUUUAUCCCGAACCAUCUCAGAGACUCACAGUUAGACCAGAUUUGGCUUACGAUGCAGCCAGACGGUCAGGGUGGGCAAGUCAUCCUGGAGUUCCGCCAAAGGGAACCCCUUCAUCUUCCUCAAAUGUAACCAAGGUGGAAGACCAACCUCGUCACCAAAUAGAUCCUUAUCAGAUUCUUGGGCCUACAAGUAGCCGUCUUGCAAACCCAGGAAGUGGGCAGAUUCAGCUGUGGCAGUUCUUGUUGGAACUUCUGUCUGACAGCUCCAAUGCUAACUGCAUUACCUGGGAAGGAACUAAUGGAGAGUUCAAAAUGACAGACCCAGACGAAGUGGCAAGACGCUGGGGAGAGAGGAAGAGCAAACCCAACAUGAACUAUGAUAAGCUGAGCAGGGCCUUGCGUUACUACUACGACAAGAACAUCAUGACCAAAGUCCACGGUAAGCGUUACGCUUACAAAUUUGACUUCCAUGGGAUUGCACAAGCUCUGCAACCCCACCCCCCUGAGUCUUCCAUGUACAAGUACCCAACAGAUAUCUCAUAUAUGAGUACCUAUCAUGCACACCAGCAAAAGGUGAAUUUUGUGGCUCCUCACCCUCCUGCUCUUCCUGUGACAUCCUCUAGUUUCUUUGCAGCUCCGAGUCCAUACUGGAAUUCUCCAACUGGAGGUAUCUAUCCAAAUGCCAGACAUCCGUCCACCCACAUGCCAUCUCACCUUGGAACAUAUUAUUGAACAAUGCUCAUUUUUUUUCAAUUAAGACUUGGGUUACUGCUCUGGGAAUGGAGCAUUGGGUUAAAAACUAUGAAUUUAAAUUGGAGGUAAAAAACACAAAGUAUAGUCUCAAACCAUACAGGAAUACCAAAGAUGUGAUGUCUCAAAUACUGGAAGAGGUAAAACCGUGUGUUGACAUAUAGAAAUAAGCUUGACGUCUGUCUGUUGAAGACAUUAUAACUGGCUAACUGACUGGAGUUGAAUUAUUAAAAAGAGGAGAACUUUAUGGAGAGCGUAUGAACUGAAAGAAGAUCUAAGGAUCGACUGAUCCCUGCUGAAAAUCAGGAACGACAACACAAAUUGUUAGAAAGACAAUGUGUGUUGCAUGUGAAAUAAGAUUGUGGAAUUUAAGAAACAAAUAUCAACACAUGGCAAGAGAAUGAAAAGCAUGUCAGAAAUAAUGUAAUAGUCGAAUCUCAAAAUCAGAUACCUGAAGUGUAACGUCUUGGAUCUUCUUCAGCAGUUAAACUCUGGCUGUCUGAAAUGAAAUAUUUAUACCUUCUGGAAUUUAUUUGUUAACAGGAUUUAUCAUCGAAGUAUAUUAAAAACAAAAUUGUGGGAGACUGUUGGACAAGACUGUAUGAUUUGGUACAAUGAUUUCUUACUUUGCAUGGCUUGAGCCAAGCAUUUGGAUUUGAGUAUGUGCAGAAGGCUAUGUGUUGGAAUAGAAAUUAGGCAAUGGCAAUGGAAAAAAAGAGAACUGAAGAGUUAGGCGUAAAGGAAUAAGCUGGUGUCUGUGAUUUUUAAAUGGACAUGCAAAAACAAGGCUAUAUCAAUUGGAUGUAAAAAAGGAUUCUCCAAAGAAGAAUCAAAAAUGACAGACCUGUCUUCAUAAUCAUUAAUAUGAAGGAAAGAAAGAAAACAAAACAGAAAUCUGGAGCCAAAACACUUCAUAACCGAGGGAAAAAAUACAUCUCUUAAGAAUUGGAAAACUGGGAUUGUCUGGAAUUAUUACAUUUUGAAAAAAAAAACCGGGGAUCUUGUAAAUGUGCUUGAUGUAAAACUGAUCGGGACCUGAAACUUGGGAGGUUACUACCGUUUUUCUUUAUCCUGCACAUUUGGGCCAGGACUAGCCCACUAUCAAACCUGAGGAGAUCUCAAAUGCAUUUUUUUAAACCAAGGCGGUCGCCAGAUGUGAAGAGUCGCGAACGCUGUGCGUUUGUAAGAAAUAAGUAUUCAAAUCAAGGUUAUUUUGCAUUUUAUAUUGUGAACUUAUUAUGUAACUUAUGCAUUUAUAUAUUCCUUUGUUUCUGACACUACGAGUUGACCUCGGCCAACCAUGAACCCAAAACAAAAACAAAACAAAAACAGAAAAAAGUGAAAAAGAGGAAAAAAAAAAUGCGAUUAAACAUUAUGGCCUCGAUUUAUAACUCUUUUUAAUGAAAUAUGCUUUAUGUUUACAUAUGAAACUCUUAGCACAUAGGAUGCAAAUUAUAUAUGUAUUAAAAUAAGCCUGGCUUUCAUUUCAGAGUUUGUUUUUCCCAUUGUUACUUAUACCUCAAGCUUAUCAUAGCACUAUAUGACACAGAAGGUGAGGGGGUUGGUUAAGGUCAAUUAAUGUGAUGGCAGCCACACCUACGUAUGGACAACCUGUCUACUUGCCUGAAGAUUGAAUAGAUGGAGACUCACACCUUACAAGAUUGGAUAUUAUUAGAAACCAGUUCGAAAGGCUUAAUGGACUUUUUGAAAAAAAAUUAAGUAGUUUUUCUCAAUAAAGUUAAUUUUAUUGCUGCAAAAUGUGCCAAGAUAACCAUUUACAUGACAUAAUCCUCUCUUUUAAUGGGAUUCUAAGGUUCACUUUCUCAAAAACUGACUAAAAUCAUGCAGCCUUUAAAAAGUAACUAGGAAGAGAAAUUAAGUUUUUAUUUCAUUCACGGGAUAUGAGUGUGGCUGGCAAAGCGUAGCCAGCAUUGAUUGCCCUUGAGAAGGUGGUGUUGAGCCUCCUCCUGUUCUACACCAGUCCAUGUGACUAAAGUACACCCACAGGUGCUCUUAGGAAGACAGUGCUUCAAGAGUUUGACCCAUGCAGCGAGAGAAGGCACAACAGAAGACAUUGAAUUGCGAAGGUUUCAACAACCAAGUCUUCACAGCUUCAUUCUAAUCCAGAUAAAUAUACAUUAGAAAAAUGAUUUUUUUGUCCCUCAAGUUACAGUCCAUACUUGGCAUUUGGUUCUUUGCUGCAUUGUCAUGUCAAUUUAGAAUAAAUGUUUGAUAAUAAUGAGAUUAAGCUUAAUGAGAUUCCAUCAAGGCAUCUUUUCUUAAAUUUCAAAAAUAUACUUUAUUCAUUAAAAUUAUCUUUAUAUAUACAUUGCCAUUAAAGCAGUUCGGUUCUGUACAGUAGAGUGUGAGGAAACAAGCAAGAAAUGGAGUUUGAUUCUAUCCAAUAAACAAACCAAAGGCA